AUGGGCAACAGCCUCAGGUGCUGCUUGGCUUGCAUUCUUCCCUGCGGCGCGCUGGACGUCAUCCGAAUCGUCCAUCUCGAUGGCCAAGUCGAGGAGUACAGCUGCCGCCAGGUCUCCGCCGGAGAAAUUCUAGCAGCCAACCCGGACCACAUCUUAAGCAAGCCGUGCUCUCAAGGCGUCACCACCAAGAUCUUGAUCGUGUCGCCGGACUCGGACCUGAAGAGGGGCCAUAUCUAUUUCCUGAUUCCAGAAUCAGCACUCCCAAGAAAAGAGAGGAAGAAGAGGCACCAGAAAAGUGGCAGCACUGCUGUCGUCCAGGAAUUGGGCCAUGACAGCUGCCUGAGGCAGGUCCUUUCGGAAAAGAAGGUUCGGCACCGCCGGCGGAGGAGCGGCCAGGUGGGCGUCUGGAGGCCGCGUCUUGAGAGCAUAUCAGAGGACUGAAUGAACGGAGAACAAGACUUUAGCAUCCAAGUGUCGGUGGGUCGUAGAGGCUUCAUGGGGUGACAGUUUUUUUGGUGGUCUCUCAGUGCUGAUCGCGCGCUGACUUUGGUUACUUGUUCCCAUUUUUCUUUUCUCUCUAUUUCCUAUGUAGAUAUAAUCGUUGCCACCUUUGAUUUUUUUCC